AUGCUGGUAAUUCUGGUGAUUCACUUCCUGCUGCCACAUUUAAAUGCCCUGUCUAGUCGUGCGGUAUUCGGCAUUGAAUCUCAUGUGGAUAGAUCGAUAACUAUGGACCUCGAAUCCAAAAUGACAUGUCUAUAUGAACCAUUGGAGAAGGAGAUGUCGCUAAAACUCGGUCUUAGUCCAGCAGAGCUGUCCCAAUAUCGUAUGGCCAUGCGUCUGACGUCUCCUUCAGGAGAGUUUUCUGACUGGGCAGAAGGAGAUGGCGAGGCGUCCAUGAACCACAAUGUCACCGAGGACGGCGACUAUGAGAUAUGCAUCAGUACAUCUCAACCACUGCGGGUAACACUCAACAUUUUUUUCCACAAGCCGGACCAAAUCGAACAAGCUUUCCUGAAAUACCUUGAAGUUAACGAAAUUAGCGAAAACGUGCAGCAAUGUAUUUCGAAAAUGAUUGAACACUUCUAUAAGAUUUUCUAUUCAAUCAAGUACUACAAUAAGGUGUCAGUUCGAGAUGAGGCGAUGCAGCAGUCUAACUCCGACUAUAUUCAAAUCUAUGUAGUUGUUUUCUGUAUCACAGCCAUCAUUGUUUCCAUCACUGAAGUCGUUGUGGUUCGUCGAAUGUUCCGCCUCGAUACCUCACGAAUUCGUGUAUGA